ACAAUAGGCGUGUCUUUUACUAGUUUUAUCUAGAAAAUGUGAGACGGGAUGCGUGAAUGCUGCAGGAAUAGCUUCAAUUAUAAAGAAAGAUAAAGUGUAGACAGUAAUGUGCUUAAUUCACAUUUUUCGUCUGGAAUGGACUGCGUCUAGUGAAGCGACUGCUGUGUAAAACACAAUCCCCUUAUGUUGUGAUCGCAACAGACUAUGGACGGGUGGAGCCCCAUCGUUGCUACCGUUUCUGACAACGACAGGUCCAGCUCGGAAGGGGAGUACAUGAUCGAACCAGGACCCGAAAACGAAGCGAGAAAAGCGGAUGAGGGCGAGCAGCAGCAGCGGGGCAGCAUGGACAUGAUGGAAGACGGAGGGACGGCUGUGGGUUUUGGCUUGAGUGGGAUAGGGGAAGGCAAGGUGCUGCUGGGUCGAGUAGGACAGAUGGACGAUAAAGAGCUGCGGUACUUGCACUUGUUAUGGCAGCCAGGACGAACAGAGGGAGACUCCGGAGGGGGGCAGAAGAAACUUGGGAAGGUGCUGGUUGGCAAGUCCAGGAGGCACCAACGGGCAGUGCGUAGUCUGGGUCCCAGUGGCAAAGACAUUUAUGCUGUGAAAAGACUGAGAGAAGCAGCCAACGGCAAUGACAUUGAUACAGUCCGGAGGCUCCUGGAGGAUGACAUAGACCCAUGUGCAGCAGAUGACAAGGGAAGAACUGCGCUCCAUUUCUCCUCUUGCAAUGGCAAUGAAAGCAUUGUGCAGUUGUUGCUGAGCUAUGGUGCUGAUCCCAACCAGCGGGACAGUCUUGGAAACACACCUCUACAUUUGGCUGCCUGUACCAACCAUGUGCCUGUCAUCACCACACUGCUCAGAGGAGGAGCCCGUGUUGACGCCUUGGACCGAGCUGGCAGGACGCCACUACAUUUAGCCCGUUCCAAACUCAAUAUAUUACAAGAAGGAGAUUCUCGCAGCCUUGAAAACCUAAGGGGAGAGGUCACACAGAUUAUUCAGAUGUUGAGGGAGUACCUAAAUUUGAUGGGUCAGAGUGAAGCGAAGGAGAGACUCGAACACAUAUCAACGCAGCUUCAGCACACACGCACUAAAGAACAGGUGGAUGAAGUGACUGAUUUGUUGGCCAGUUUUACGUCCCUCAGCUUACAAAAACAGAAUUUGGGAGAUAGGUAGAAAAGACAUGUAGAGAGCUGGAAUCUCAGUUUUUAAAUAAUUAUUUAAAGUUUUGAUUGAGUGUAAAUCAGUGACUGUUUAUGUUGAUCAGGUAUACCAUUGUGACCACUGACAGGCAAAGUCAGUAACACAGACAGUAUUAUCUCUCCAACAUGGAAGGAGUUAAAAUUCUCUACUUAAGAAUCUAUAAAGCUUUCAGUGAUUUGAUGAAUACCAAAAUGUGGCUAGCUGAUGAUGAGUCAGAGCAUCUACAAAACUGCAGCAAAAGAAAUUCACCAGAACGUGGUUCGGCUGGAGGGAACCAAUAGGGUUAACACUAAUCCAUUACAAACAAACCUCAAAUUGUUUCUCUGUUUAUCAGCAUGCUCAUUUAUGUUUUAUCAUUAACUGAGAAUUGCAGGAGGCUUCAACACUGUAUCUUUAAGUGUUCUUGAGUUUUGUUUUGUUAGGGUGAUUUCACUGCUGAUUCAGGUUCUCAUAUCACUGACUUUGUCUUAUUGCCGUCUCAUUUGUGCUGUAUGUUAUAUGGAAACUUGUUUUGUUUUCUGUGACUAAAAAAGAUAUUUGAGGACAAUAAAUCUGUAUAUUUCACAGUA